AGAAAGAGAGAGAGAGAGAGAGAGAGAGAGAGAGGAAGGGAGCGAGAGCAGGAGAGAGGGGCUAGCUCAGAGACCCAACCUCAGCCUCUAUUGUGCUGUGCAGGCAGGGGGAGGCAGAUAAGGAGCAGGCUUUACAGCCACGAGCACAACACUGGUGAUCACCGCAGAGUCGCCGCGAACCGGAGCAGAGACGACCAUGGAGGAGGAGCUGGACGAAGGACAGACCCAGAAAGGAUGCAUGGAGUGCUGCCUGAAGUGUGUGCGGGGCAUCCCGUACCCGUCUCUGAUCGCCACCAUCCUACUCUAUGCCGGCGUGGCGCUCUUCUGCGGCUGCGGUCACGAGGCCCUCACCGGCACUCUCACAAUCCUGCAGAACUACUUCGAGGUGGUCAGAGCACCUGGAGACUCCCUGGACGUCUUUACAAUGAUUGACAUCAUCAAGUACGUGAUCUAUGGCAUUGCCUCUGCUUUCUUCGUGUACGGCAUCCUUCUGAUGGUGGAGGGCUUCUUCACCAGUGGGGCCAUUAAAGACCUCUACGGAGACUUCAAGAUCACCACCUGUGGCCGUUGUGUUAGUGCAUGGUUCAUCAUGCUGACGUACAUCUUCAUGCUGGCAUGGCUGGGACUGACAGCCUUCACUGCUUUGCCUGUCUUCAUGUACUUCAACAUCUGGACCAUCUGCCAGAAUACCACCAUGCUGGAGGGAGCGAGUCUCUGUCUGGACCCACGCCAGUUUGGUGUUGUGACCAUCAGUGAGGAGAAGACGGUGUGCACAGGAACAGAGAAGUUCUUUAAAAUGUGUGAAUCGAAAGAGGUGGAUAUGACCUUUCACCUGUUCGUGUGUGCCCUGGCUGGGGCCGGAGCUGCCGUUAUCGCUAUGAUCCACUACCUGAUGGUGCUGUCGGCGAACUGGGCCUACGUGAAGGACGCGUGUAAGCUGCAGAAAUACGAGGACUGUAAGUCCAAGGAGGAGCAGGAGCUACAUGACAUCCACUCGACGCGCUCUAAGGAGCGCCUCAACGCCUACACAUAAGACAGGAAGACAGCGGAGAGGGGGGAGGAGCCUCAGUGCUCUCACUUCCUGUCUUGGGGAGUUUUGGCACUGGUGUUGUCUGACUGCUGUGUCAUGUUACUAACCCUAUGGCCCAUCCCUUACCUCUCGCACAAAUAUUAUUGUUGUUAUUAUUAUUAUUAUUAUUAUUAUUAUUAUUAUUAUUAUUAUUAUUAUUAUUAAUAUUAGGUAGAAGUAGCUGUAAUUUUAUAGAUUUUUACAUUAUAGUUUGAUUUUUAAUUUCUGAAGAUAUUGUGCAGGUGUUUUCUUUUCUUUUAAUUUUCUUUUCUUUCAUCUGAAUUAGUUCAGGAUUUUUUAAAAUUACAUUUAAUUUUAAUUUUUUUAAACGUCAGUAUUGGCUCAGUGGUGGGGUGGAAAGCUCAUUUAUCACGUGUGUGUCUCUGUGGUCUCAUUUUCACCCCAACUUCACACAAAAAGGAAAAACUAGAAAACAAAAUAAAUUUAGAUUUUUUGUUUAUUUCUUUUGUUUGUUUGUUUUAGUUCUAUUUUUUAAUCAGCGAAAGGUUUUUGGCCCGGAAGCAACAAAAGUCUUUGAUCACUCUGCAUUAUUUUGGAAAUAGAAAAAAAUAUAUAUAUCAAAAACAGAAAAAAGAACCAAAAUGAAUAAGAAAUGGCAAAUGUAUCAUAAAGUGUUUAUUUUUUUUCUACAAAUAUCAUUGCAUAGCUUAUCCAAACGAAUAAGAAAAAUGGUACAGAGUUUCAUGCUGUGCUUGUCCUGUUUUCCAGGAGCCCACAGCCAGUCAGUGUGGGGCUUGAAAUGUCUUUCAGAGGGAGAAUUAACAGUGAUAUGCAGUGAUAUUGCUCCUCUUCCGUGGAGUGUCACCAUCUCUGACUCCUUCUUGAGUAAUGACACAAUAAGGUCGCUACUGACUGACCUCCACACAUGCACAAGCUGACAGUGUUAUUCUCCACACCCACCCUCACGUUUAUUUUCCUACAGAUUAUAGAUACUGGUAAGUAGACAAUUAACUUUUUAUUUGAAGGGUUUAUUUUCUGCUUGUGUAAAUAGCCAUUCUGUAAAUGAAUACUUGUAUCGUAUGUAAGCACUUCAAUUUCAGGUGAAUUUGUUUGAGAUACAAAAAUACAUUCCACGUAACUAAAGGGGAGGGUGGGUGGAGAUGGUGGUGGUGAUGGUAUGAUUUUAAAAUCUUUAAAAAAGUGAAGAGAAUUCAGGCAAAGUAGCGUUUGUGAUCACUUUCCUGGUUAUUUUUUUUUCUUUUUUAAAGGGGAUUGUCACAACAGAAUCAAAUAUUCAAAGAUACUAUUACCUUGAUGGCAAAAACAAAAAAACAAAAAACAAAAAAAGCACACACGUUGUCUUGCUUACAAGUCAUUCUACUAUUGGACUAUAGAUUUGUCUUAUCAUUCUUAUACUGCUUGGCGAGCCAUGUUCUGUCAGUGUUUCUAAGAGCUAGUUUCGUGCACUUAUUUGACCAUUUUGUGAGCUCUCUCUCAGUGUAAGUGCAUUGGGAAUUCGGCUGCCCAGCUGGGUCCCAAUAACGUUAGGUAAAGACUGUGAACCUAGGUGUUAUUCGUGGCAUGGUCAUGCAUUUAAUGGUAAUCGUUUUUACUGGGUCCGAGAAAAAAAAAAAAAAAAAAAAAAAAAAAAAAAAAAAAAAAAAGAACAGAAAAAAAGAAUCAUUUCACCUUUUUAUGAGUUUUCAGUUUGUUAUCUGCGCCUGUCUUGCGGGCUAUGUCCUUUGCUCUCAUGAUGUGCGGUGCUUUGAGUCCUAUGCUAACUGCAUUGCCCUGCUACCCCUGCUGUUUGAUGGUAGUGUUUGGUUUGUAACUGUUUAGUUUGUGGUGAGCUCUAUUACUGCCCCGGGGUCCUCGCUCUGAGCCCUGUUACUGUUGCUUUCUGAACCGCUAUCCUGAUGCAGUCCUCUUUUUUGCCCUGCCCUAGCUUCCUCGCUCUCUGUCCUUCCCCUUCUCUCUCUCUCUCUCUCUCUCUCUCUCUCUCUCUCUCUCUCACUCUCUCUCUCUCUUCCCCCUCUGAACCCCCCUCCUCACUUUCUCCUUGUAUUAAUCUUUUGUACGUUCACUUAAGAAUGCUUUGUAGCAGGCCGUACCAUGAAUCUGUUUUGUACAUAAAUGUGCCAACCGCUUGACAGUGGCUUUUCUCAUCUGUAGGGACAAACUGCUUGCGUAAAUAAACUACACUGGUGUACUUGUUAAGAAA